UUCUCUCGCGCUUGCAGUCCCACCAACUAUGGCUUCGACCGCGGCGGCGGCGGCGGUGGCGGAGAGCUACGUGGUGGUGCACAACGUCGCGAAGCGCCACAACAUCGGAACCCUAGCUCGCAGCGCGGUGGCUUUUGGUGUCUCCGAGAUGGUCCUCAUCGGUCGUCGUGAUUUCAACUCCUUCGGCUCACACGGCUCCGCCUCCCACCUCCGCUUCCGCCACUUCCACUCCCUCUCUGAUGCACGCCGGUACCUGAAGGAAGACCUUGGAUGCGACAUCUGUGGCGUCGAGAUUGCCGAUGGCGCCUUCCCUGUAAAUGCUCAGCCUUUCACGAAAAGCACCGCGUUCCUUCUCGGCAACGAGGGAAUGGGACUAUCGGAGAAGGAAUGCGAGAUUUGUGAUUUCUUUGUUUACAUUCCUCAGUAUGGAGGGGGCACUGCUUCGCUUAAUGUCACUGUGGCUGCGUCCAUUGUUCUUCAUCAUUUUGGAGUUUGGGCAGGUUUUCCUGAGAGAAGUCGUGAAGGAAACAAGUUCAUUGUAGCUGAAAAACCUUUGAAGCAAGCGAGUAGGAAUUACUGUGCAGAGUCAAUCGAAUCUGUGAUCAAGGAGAGAAAAAUCAGAAAGGAGACAAACAAACACGGUUUCUUUGAGGAGAGCCAAACUGAUGGUGAUACUCAAUCAACAAAUUUUCUUGACACAUUGUUUAGCAGUUAAUGUAAGAUCAUUACUUUGCGGUCUUAUUGUUUUUCUCAUGGUUGUCCUUAGUAUGCGAUACAAUCGCAAAAGGAUCUUCUGAAUUGCUCUAAUUUGAUAUAUUUUUUGGGGGUAAAAGGUUGUUAAUGACAGUAUAAUUCCUGAACA